AUGCUUUCCUCACGAAACAGAAAGACGAUAAGCGGGCGAUUUAUUGUGAAAAAAGAGCCCAAAAUAAAACCUACUGUAGCUCGACGCGUGAUACGAAGAUUUCAUUUCCUUAUUGGCAAGCGACAGAUAAUUUGUAGUCGAUUAGGCGUUGUGCUAGUAAGCAGCGACGAAGAGGCGAAUAAGGGUUGCAUAGAAACAUGGGUACGAAAUUCGAAACUGCAGGAGAAGUAUGACCGCGGUAUGAAGACGCAAUCACAGCAGUUAGAGAAACAUUUACUGAAAUUACGCGACAUUUCAAAUACAGGAGUCCUUGUUGAGUUACUGGGGUACCUUAUGAAUGAGAUAUACACAAAGGGUGGACUGAAAAAUUAUCAGAUGGCCAGCACUGUGGGUCAAGAUCGAAAUCGAGGUGGUGAUUCUUCGAAGGUCUUGAUCCCGUGGUUACGCGAAUUGGGUCUGAAAAGUCAGCGCGAUCACGGUUGCGACCGUGGCAACCCGCGACGGGCACUGGAAAUUGGGUCGUUAAGCAGUAAGAACGCGAUCUCGACGUGCGGGAUCUUUGAUCCCGUGGUACGGAUUGAUUUGAACUCUACUGGUGAAGGUAUCUCAAAGCAAGAUUUCAUGGACAGACCACUGCCCAAGCACGAAUCCGAGCGGUUCGAUCUCAUAUCUUGUUCUCUGGUGCUAAAUUUCGUUCCAACACCGCAAUUGCGCGGUGAAAUGUUGAAACGAUUUAGCCACUUUUUGAAACGAGGCACAGAUCAGGCUUUUCUUUUCGUUGUGCUCCCAAGACCAUGCAUUGACAAUUCAAGACACAUGAGUGACCAGUGGUUCUCGGAAAUGAUGGAAUCGUUAAACUACAAAAAGCUGCGACGCCAUGUAACGCACAAGAUUAUCUAUUAUCUGUUUGCCGUUGCUACGAGAUUACCACCAAAACAUAUAGGAGGGAAAUUCAAGCUUAAACCUGUGGUUAAAGACGCGGCGGGAAUGAACAAUUUUGCCAUUUUACUGUGA